UUGACUGAUAACAUGCCAAAUUUCCAUUAAUAAAAAUCUGACAGAAAAAAAGCUUAGUACGGUACUCCGAAUUAGCCCACAGUAAUUGGGAGCUCGUUUAUGAGAAGCUAUGGUGAAAUCUGUCAUGAUUUUAUCAGUAAAGAUCGUGUCAGCCAUGGAAUAUUAAGCUUCAGGAGGAAUGGAAUCAAUGUGAUAACUUUUGAGGGUAAAUUUUGUGUAGGGUUGAAUUUAACUUGGUUUUGCCGCUGAAAUUCACAUCGAAGAAAGAGCAACUGUCAUUAUAAUGAUAGCGAGAUAAAUUUGCUGAAUAUUCGCGCAUGCUCAUAAUGCAGAAAAGCAACUGUGCGGAAUCUGAACUUAUUUUCUUAAUGCACAGUGAAAGCCUGAACAGGUAAAGCACGCGACCGAAUUCUAAUGAGAAUAAUAUGUGGCCGGGAAGGGUUUUGUCUUUACAGUUAAUGUAUGUUACAGGAAACAAAUACAUACGCUUAAUCUGUCAAAUUUCUGCUGCUUUUGGGGAAAAUUGAAGAUAAAUCAUAAUUUAUGAUGAGCAUGGAAUUGGAAUUGAAGAAAAGAAUCUCGUAAUUUUUUCUGGAAGGAAUAAAAUCUGUCACGGAUCUUAUAAAAUAAUGGAUUCCUAAAUACUCUUUUAACUAUAAUUCUAAUCAAAGUAGCUCGGGGUAAUCUUUAAUCUUUAACCCCUGGUUAGUAGAAAGCAGUCGGUUGCCCAAAAAAUUUCUUUUGCAGAGCUCAAAAGCCGAGGAGCAAGGUCCUAGGCCCCAUCCCUGCCGCUGACAUAAAUUGUACACACCCCACUAAUUAUUGUCACGCAUCCAUGCAAGCACUAGCGAUGCUUUGUAUAAAAAAUGAAUGCUGGAUGUUGAGUUGCGCGAUCUCCCAUUCAUUUAUAAUCCAACAAAUAAUCGCCCCAUUAUUUUACAGUCAAUGGCAAUGCUCUAAAAAGCAGCGCAGAGUCCCCACUCGACAGCAGCGAUCAGCGUCGGCUUUUUCUUUUUGUGCCGAUUAGUCCUUGUCUUUCUUGCUAGGGUUUGGACAUUGCGCAGACAAAAGCCAUUUGUCCCGAGAAUAUUUAAGCUAAAGCGAAUAGUUCUUUAAGUGUUAGGGUUUCAAAAGGGGCACUGACUAUCACAAACGGCCACAGCAAAACAAUCCCCUUCUAGCAAUGGAAAGCCCAAAGAACUACUUUGCUGUCAUACAAUUUUUGAUUAUCCGCCUGGUAUUUCUGCAUUCUGUAUUGGCAACCGAAAAUAGCAGUAGCAGUGUGACGUUCCAGCCUCUUAAUCCCAAUACGGCCAAUUUGAUACCUGCAAUACCAGUGCAGUCAGAAAUAGAGGCGUGCCCACUGGAUCUAACGGAGGGGCUAUUUAGCAGUAUAAAGGGCGCCUGCAAAGAGUUGAACAGAAACAAAUGCUGCCCUGUUUUAGCAGCUUGGUUGUAUGCAGCUCACGCGAAGACGGCCCUCAGAAGCCUCCGCUUGCCCAUUUCGGAGGAUUCCCCUGUUCUUCCUGAUGAUUCACACAAGUGCGUGAAUAAUUUCCAGAGCGCCCUGCAUGGCCGCGGAAUACACAUUCCCCAGCCUAAUGAAACUUGCGACCCUGUGUUGUGUUUCUGCGGGAUAAGGCUGCACCAGAUUAGCACCCUAACUUGCCCGCAAGCUUUUAAUGUCUCAACCCCCCUGCAUCAUGUGACCGCAUCGCCUUCCGUGCGAGCGCUGGAAGAUAGCUGCAGAAAGCCUACCUAUUCGGGGUGUUCUACAUGUCUCACUGCCCUGCACCAGCUUAAUGAAAUGACGGAGGUGGAGGAAAUCUCAGACAGAACAAGCAGGAUUUAUAGCCGGGAUUGCGAGCUCAUGGGGCUGACCUGGUUGUUAGCCAAGAACAAAACAGCCUACAUUCCCACUGUUUCGGCUGUUUUUAAGGCCUUAUUCUACAGCGGUCUUCCACCCCAUACGACCACUUGCAGCGCCAACCGUCAGAAGAUGCCUCUCCCCGUCGAUUCAACUCAGUUAUCCGAAAAUGCAGCGGGUUUCACCACUCCAAAGGCAGCUAUGAUGACUUUGGUACUCUGCAUAUUCCAUGUGACCGUGAAGUGUUUUAGCCCUUACUGGUAACACAGUCACAGGUGGGUGGAAAGAUUUUACCAUGCCCACGUCAAAACUUCUCUUUGGGGAAGAAUUAUUUGGUGGGUUAUGAUUUUCUUGUGUUGUAUGAGAAAUAUCUUUGAUUGUUUUGUACACUACCUUACAAAGGAUGAUUAUCUGAGUGAGAAAUCACUUGGUAUUCUGUGUAUUUGUAACAUUGAUAAAUUUUGCUUUAAUGGAGCGUAUCAGCAGUUUACUAA